AUGGCGCCUUACUUAGCUCCUGAGUGGUUAGAGGUCGAGAAGGAACUGGGUGGUCGACUUGUCCUCGGCGGGACUAUGGAGAAUUAUCGUGCUGGCGGAGAGGCUAUUGCGAAGUACAUCAAAGCUCAUCUGCCUCCUCCCCGGGAUUACGGGCUUGAGAUCGUCUCUGUUGAGUAUCGUCUUACCCCAGCAGUUGAUAUCAAGGUCGUUUUUCAGGACGUCUUUGACGGAUUCUCAUGGACCUACGAAAACGCCUCCAAGUUAGGUGGAGACCAGAGGCGCGUCUUUAUGCUUGGCAGCUCAUGUGGUGGUACACUCUCCCUUGCCACCGCUCACAGGCUCAUUGAACUUGGACGGGAGGGACAGCUCAAAGGAGUGAUCAACAUGGCUGGAGGUACAGUUCAUGAAGCCAACGUGCCAAAGCAUCUCCAGCACCUCAUGAAGUCCAUGGAAGAGAACGCUACUGAUGCCCCAAUCAUUGACGGGCAGACAGCCAAGAUGAUCAACGCAUCGACUGGUCUCAACAAGCAUGCCGAUGAUGAGUGGCUAUUCCCUCUACUCUCGUCACACCUAAACAAGUUUCCAUCCGUCUAUCUUGUUGCCUGCGGAGCGGACCCUCUGCGAGACGAUAACGUAGCCAUGGAGCAUGAACUUCGCAGCAAAAGGGUCAAGGUCAAGCUCGACAUGUACGAAGGGUUACCCCAUGUCUUUUGGAUGUUUCCAACACUUAGUGCUACGAAGACAUUCAUUGGGAAUCUCCUUGCUGGUAUCAAGUUCAUCCUGGAGUGA